CCGCAAUCUUGACUUGUUCUUUUUGUAUUUACUCAAAACAUUACUCUGUCAACUCUUUAAACCCUCCAACUCCUUCUCUCAAUUCUCAUCUUCAUCUUUGUCAGAAAUACUCAAAAAGAAAAACCUCCACCUUUUUUUUUUGAAAAAAGUUUUUGUUUGUUUAAUAACCUUAAACAUAAAUGAGGUCUCCUUUAUUUUGAUUUUUGUUGCAAUUCCAUUUUCCGAUUCCCAAUUUCCAAAUUCCUGCAUUUAUUUAUUACAAUAAGUUAUUAUUCUUUCUAGUCUUCCUUUUUCUUCUCAAUUCUCUCAUUUUUCCCAUGAUCUCAGACGGCAAAAUACAAUACCCAGAUCAGUACUUGCCCUGCAGUACUUACCCACUUCUUCUCAACAAAUAAUUUGUGAAUGGUCCUCUUAUUUGGACUGUCUUCCAUUAUUGUUCUUUAAAGUGUUUUUCUGGGGUUUAUAUCUUCUCUUAUUUUCUUCCCUUGCCCGCUUUAAAUUUCAAAUUUUGAAACAUUUUUCCUCCCUGAUUUCAAGUUAGUGUAUCACUAUUGCUGAACACAUUCCAGGAAAUUAAGGAGAGAAAGGGUUUUGAAAUAAGUGAAAAUUGCUAGCAGCUAAGUUAUUUGGCGAAAAAGAUGGCAACUGGAAGUCCAUAUUUUGAUGAGCUUAGGGGAAAACCUGAAGUUAUUGAUCCUCCCUUGAGUGAUGAUACCAUUGAUGUUGUUGAGCAUGUGAUGGAUCCUUCGCAAAGUGCUUCAAAAACAAAUUUAACUGUAUCAAGCAGUGUCAAUGAGCUACUGGAGUGCCCAGUAUGCCUAACUGCUAUGUAUCCUCCAAUCCACCAGUGUUCAAAUGGCCACACAAUAUGUUCUGGUUGCAAGCCCAGGGUGCAUAACCGGUGCCCAACUUGCAGACAUGAGCUUGGUAAUAUUAGAUGCCUUGCCUUGGAGAAGGUGGCUGCAUCCCUUGAACUUCCAUGUAAAUAUCAAAGUUUCGGAUGCAUUGGCAUAUAUCCGUACUAUAGCAAGCUAAAGCAUGAAUCCCAAUGUUCUUUUCGACCCUAUAACUGUCCUUAUGCUGGAUCAGAAUGCACCGUCAUUGGGGAUAUCCCAUACCUGGUUGCCCACCUUAAGGAUGAUCAUAAAGUUGACAUGCACAAUGGAAGCACAUUUAACCAUCGCUAUGUGAAGUCAAAUCCUCAGGAAGUUGAAAAUGCUACUUGGAUGCUUACAGUUUUCAGCUGCUUUGGGCAAUACUUCUGCCUUCAUUUUGAAGCGUUCCAGCUCGGUUUGGCUCCUGUUUACAUUGCUUUCUUGCGAUUCAUGGGGGAUGACAAUGAUGCAAAGAAUUACACUUACAGCCUUGAGGUAGGAGGAAAUGGAAGAAAGUUGAGUUGGCAAGGUGUGCCUAGGAGCAUUAGGGAUAGCCAUCGUAAAGUGCGUGACAGCUUUGAUGGGCUCAUAAUCCAGCGAAAUAUGGCCCUUUUCUUUUCGGGUGGUGAUCGGAAGGAGUUGAAACUGAGGGUGACCGGAAGAAUUUGGAAAGAACAGUGAAUGCAGUUCUCUUAAGAUUUCCGUUCUUUUGAUUUCAAACGCUAUUAGUUAGAAGUACUAAAUUGUAUCAACAUGUUGUAGUAUCAGUAGAAUUCAUCUCUUCAUGUAUUUCCAAGUUUGUAAAGGAGCAAACCCUCUUUGCUGGCCUGUGCAUCACGCCAAUACAUGACUGAGACAAUGUCAUCAACUGCAUGUGAAAUAUGUUAAAUUCUUUUAGCAAUAUGUUAAAUAUACCCAAUUGUUGUUUCGCA